GUAGGAAGUAUUGUCAAUGAAAAACAGGAACUUUAUUUGUUGUAUUCAUUUUCAAAGUAGUCAGUGUCCCCUCCGGUCAUCAGCUGAAUAAUAAAGCUGGAUGAGGACUAGCUUUGGCUGUCAGUAUGGACUGUGUGUGUGAAUGUAUGCAGCUUCUGUUAGCAUUAGCCGUUGUAGCUGUGAUUGUGGUUUCCAUAAUGGCACACAUCACUGCUGGCAUGGUGAACCUGGCGCGCCAUGAGAAGGAAAAAUAUUUUCUCACCCCCACUGGUAAAAAGGAGCUCUUCCCCAGCCUGCACGAUCCCUACUCCAGAGAUCUCUCUGUGGUGAUUCCUGCCUAUAAUGAGGAGCUCCGAAUGCCUGUGAUGUUGGAUGAAGCUAUGGAAUACUUGGAAGACAGACAGAGACAGCAGCCCUCUUUUACAUAUGAGGUGAUUGUGGUUGAUGAUGGCAGUAAAGACAAAACCACAGAGGUCGCUUUCCGGUACACAAAGUGGUACGGUUCAGACAAAGUGCGUGUUCUGACGCUGGUGAAAAACAGGGGGAAAGGAGGAGCUGUGCGAAUGGGAACUCUGAGCUCCAGAGGGAAAGUCAUUCUGAUGGCAGAUGCUGAUGGAGCCACAAAGUUUUCUGACAUAGAAAAAGUGGAAGUUGGCCUUCAAAGCCUCAACCCAAAACCGAACAACAUGGCGAUUUCCUGUGGUUCCAGAGCUCAUCUGGAGAAAGAGUCAGUCGCUCAGCGAUCUGUGUUUCGUACAUUCCUCAUGUACGGCUUUCACUUCCUGGUCUGGUUCUUCUGUGUGAAAGGGAUAAAGGACACCCAGUGUGGCUUCAAACUUUUCACCCGCGAGGCGGCACUCAAAACCUUCUCGUCUCUCCAUGUAGAGAGAUGGGCCUUUGAUGUGGAGGUCCUGUACAUUGCACAGUGUUUCAAAAUCCCCAUAGCAGAGGUGGCUGUCAACUGGACUGAAAUAGAAGGAUCUAAACUGGUCCCGUUUUGGAGCUGGCUGCAGAUGGGACGAGACCUGAUUUUCAUUCGCCUGCGCUACAUCACGGGUGCCUGGAAGCUGCAGUCACCAGAGAAGACUGAUUAGCCAAUCAGACGAGCCCUGGAGUUAUGGAGGCAGCACAGGGCCGUCAUUUGUUCGGAUGAGGUGGAUUGAAGCGCGGUGUCCGUCCACGGCACUAGAGAACAAAACACCUCCUGUCUGUUGUGGUUGGGUAAUGAGGUGCUGAUCCAGAGGAGCUGUCCUCUCUGUCCCGCCUGGUUUUAUUUGGAUGUUGGCGUGUGAGGUCAUCAUCACAUGCACUUUUCUGUUGCCAAGCCUCACAGGUAAAACUGACAUCAGUUACUCAUUAUUUAAUCAGUGGCCAAAUCGGAUGAAGGUGAGAAGAACGAUCUGGUAUCUGUGCCUGAGUGGGAUUAUUGGAGCAGAUGGAAUGAAUGUUUAUUAUUUUUUAAAAUUGGGGAAGUUGCCUUAUAAGAAUUUCUGUUGUGGUGUGAAUAAAAAUGUCUUUAUUAGCA